AUACUGUCACUGUCAUUCAGUAUAGGUUAUAUGGCCCACGACUUUGUAAACUAAAAACAGCCCGCCUUCUUAUUUUUUUCUCUGCGGAAAUGUUAUAUUGGUGUUAUAAAUUAUCCUUUUAUACGAUUGUAGCAUCGCCAAGAUGUUCUUGUGAUUUUUAGCAAACUACUGUGCGAUAUACACAUGUAGGUUUGUUGAGGUUGAGGUUAUGUGAUAGAACAAAGUUUUCAUUUUCUAUUUUCCACUAUGGUAGAAAAUAAAGACGUUUCUGGUACUGAAGAGGUACAUAAGGUAUCCGAGGAAGAUGAAAAGAAUGUUCAUCAAAUUUCUCUCUUCGAUAUUUCCAUUGAUCCUGGCCUAAAAGAUGAUGAAGGCAAUGAACUUCCAAGGCCCUACAGUAAGAGUCAGAUGCGAAAAUGGUUGAAAAAAGUUAAAUGGGAAAAUAGAAAGUCUGAAAAACGAGCUAAAGAAAAAGCCCGUGCUAAAGAAAGAAGGGCACAAGCACGGAUUUCUAAUAUUGACUUAGGUCCAAGCAGAAAAUGCCUAAAGAAAAUGAAAAUGGAAAAAGUAAAAAAAAAUAUUGGACUAAUAAUAGACUUAAGUUUUGACCAUUUGAUGAUAGAAAAAAAUAGAUUUAAAGUAAUUAAACAAAUACUUAGAUGUUAUUCUAUUAAUAGAAGAUCAGAAACACCUCUUCAAAUGUAUGUAACUAGUUUUGGGGAGAGAACCAAAAUGGAAAUAGCAAGGCAUAAUGGUUAUGAACACUGGGAUAUGGUGUUUUAUGAAAAACCAUAUUUAGAUAUAUUUCCCAAGGAAAAAUUAUGUUAUUUAACAAGUGAAUCAGAAAAUGUUAUUGAAAGCUUUGAUGAUGAUACAAUUUACAUCAUAGGAGGCCUGGUGGAUCACAAUGAACACAAGGGUCUCUGUUACAAAAUUGCACAGGAGCAAGGUAUCCAACAUGGUCAGUUGCCAUUGGAUAAGUAUGUCAACAUGAAGACACGGAAAGUGCUCACUAUAGAUCAUGUGUUUGAAAUAGUUCUGAAGAUUUCAGAAGGUAUGUCCUGGCAAGAUACAUUGCUGAAGGUGUUGCCAGAAAGGAAAGGGGCUCUUGUUUGUGACACGCCAGUGGACAGUACAUGUACUACAAACCUAACUUUAAGCAAUGAUAGUGAUUAUAAGACAAGUGAGGUACAAAAUUUGGAUUAAA